GAGAGCUAUCACUGGAUUUGACAGCUAGAAGCCAAAUCGAAGGGAACCAUAAGAGGAGUGGUAUAAUUUCCACAAAUACAAAAAAAUCUUCGUCCUCGCAGAGUUAACACUCACAUAGCUCGAGAUGGCUUUCUUGAUCAAGAGCAUGAUUGGGAACCCCCUUUCAGGAAUGGGUCUUGGUGGUGGAGGUGACAAAGAAGAGGAGGCCGCCCCCUCAGAUCCAGCAAAAGCAGCAGGGAUGACACGCGAGGAAUAUGAAGAGUACCAAAAACAGUUGGUGGAGGAAAAGAUGGAGAGAGAUGCAGAUUUCUUACACAAAAAGGCAGAGAGGGCAACACUCAGGGUGUGCCUCAGAGAUAAAUACAGACUGCCAAAGAGCGAGCAGGAUGAGAACAUGAUUGAGAUGGCCGGGGACGACGUGGAUGUGCCUGAGGAACUGCUCAAGAUGGUGGAUGAGGAUGCCACUGAGGAGGAGGGCAAGGACUCCAUCAUGGGCCAGAUUCAGAACUUGCAGAACAUGGACAUGGACCAGCUGAAGGAGAAGGCCUCGGCCACGGUCACCGAGCUGAAGAGCAAAGCGGAGGAGAAGUGCUCUGUCAUGUGAAUAGCCAAGGAGGGUGGAUGUGUUUCAGUAAUGAAGAGAAAGAAGAGAGAAGAGACAGGAUGGUAAAAAAUAAUAAUUGUAAUUUCACCACUUUUGGGGAAUCUAAAUACCAAGAUGUGUAUAAAGAGUCUGUGAUUCAGUCACAGAAAAAAAAGGCCUACUAAGUAUUCACUUUUACAAUAAAUGCUCCAUCCCUAUAUCAUACAAAACAUGCCACAUGACAACACAGUGGUUUAUUAUGUAAUCUGCAUUCACUAAAGGAUACACUGUAAAAGUUUCACUGUUUGCUCAUUGAAUGGGCAAAGAUUUACCCACUGAAUGACAAUGCAUCUCUCCUCAAACAUUGUGUGAUAUAACAUUCACUUUAUUUCUCUGUUUGUUACAAAAUGAGACAGUUUAGUCUCUAAAAGUGUGUUUUUCUGUCAAAUAAACAAAAAUAUACCACAAUUUGUUGAUAGAAAACCAAUCCUAUCUAAAUAUUUCAACUUUCCUUUUGGUCUCAUUGUUAUUCUAGAUAUUUUUUGUAUGUGGUGUUUAAAUUAAUUAUAUUUAGUCCCUCUCUUUUGAUGUUACUACAAAGCAGAUGAUCUUUUUAAGUUGUGACAUACAUCUCAGUGGUGAUAAAAACUGGUGAGGCUGAAAACAUUUGCAGAUUUGCACAAAUCUAAUUCAAAGUAUAGAAGCAUUUC